CUGCUCUUGCUCUUCCCCAUGGCCUCGCGGCACCCGGCCUUUUCCUUCCACCAGCGGGUCACCCUGCGGGAGCACCUGGAGCGGCUGCGGAGGGCCUUAUGCGGGGACCAGGAAGAGGAGACCUUCAGCCGCCACCAAGCCCAGAAUGACUUUUCCCGUAGUGACUGCAUGUCGAGUAAUGAGACCAGUUUGUUAGAACGAACCACAGCACCUCACGAUGGACUACCAAUGGCUUCCCAUAGACCUCAGCGAGAAGCUGUACACAUUGAGAAGAUAACCCUGAAAGGAGUACCAAGAAAAAGGGCUGACAAACACUUGGAAUACACGUUCAAAGUAACCUGGUCUGAUCUUUCUGUAACAUGUGUAACAAAAACACACCAGGAGCUUCAGGAGUUCCUGCUCAAG